CAAAGUUUAGCAGCCCGCUAGAAAGAAACCUAAUUUGAGUUUCAUUUAUAUGUGUAUGGCUGUGGAGCGCGGCCAUACACUUCCUCAAGUCCGCCCGUCUCAGGAACUUCCGCGAUCUCAACUAUGCCUAAGCAAAUCCAUGAGAUUAAGGAUUUCCUUCUUACUGCAAGAAGGAAGGAUGCUCGUUCAGUGAAGAUCAAGAGGAGCAAAGAUGCGGUCAAGUUCAAGGUCAGAUGCUCAAAGUACCUCUACACACUUUGUGUCUUUGAUGCUGAGAAGGCUAACAAGUUGAAGCAAUCCCUUCCCCCAGGUUUGAGUGUUCAGGACCUGUGAAGAGUUAGGAGGCAGUGCCAUGGCUGUUUGUUAGAGUUUUACUUAAUUAUAUGAUUUGUUUUAUUUGGAAGUUUUGAAAAUUGUAGCCCUUAAAUGUUCAAAAGAUUUUUAUUGGGAUGUUGUGGAAAUAUAUUGAUUUUGGUGAUCA